CUUAAUAAAAUCCGAUUAUUUUAGAUUUGAAGUAAUUUAUGAAAAGGGGUUAAUAGUCUGCGUGGAUCUUCAGCCGUUUCAGACACAUUACCCAGAAAUUUCGAAGCUGAGAAAUUGUUUUGUUCUUUGGGUUCCCUCGUGCUUAUUAUCCUCUAGUCUCUGUCCCUUUGAAUAUUCAUACGACGACGCGUGAUUCUGGUUUUGAAUAGAUAGGAUCAGCUGCUAUGGAUGAUGCAACCGCGAUUAGUUAUUGGUGUCACAUGUGCUCUCGAUCCGUGAAUCCAGUCAUCGAAGGCGAGAUAAUCAACUGCAACUUGUGCCAAGGCGGAUUCGUGGAAGAAAUGGACGAAACUCCAGAUCAGGCCGUCACCGACGAUGAUCAUCCUCACCAGGCUGCUGAGUCUCUCUGGGCUCCGAUCUUGCUCGGGAUGAUGAACGAUCAUGAUCAGAAUCAGAGAGCUUCACAAUCUAAUCUCGAAGAUGAUAGUGAUGAUGAUGAUGGUGGCGGCGACGAUGAUGGUGAGAACAAUGAUGGAGAGUUUGAUUUGGAACGGCACCUGGAAGAGAUCAUGAGGAGGAGGAGGAGACACUCGGCUGCGAUACUCGAUCUUCUCCAAGGGAUCCGGGCCGGGUUAUCGGUUGAAUCCGAGAACAACGGCGAGGAUAGUAAUAAUAAUAAUAAUAAUAAUAAUCAGGACAGCGAGCUCGUUGUUUUGAUCAACUCCUUUAACCAGAGGAUCAGGAUUCAAGACUCCGGUGUGGACGCGAGCUCUGUCCCGUCUGGAUCUUUGGGUGAUUAUUUCAUCGGACCCGGGUUCGAGACGCUGCUUCAGCGUCUGGCUGAGAACGAUCCCAACAACAGGUACGGGACGCCUCCCGCGACGAAGGAGGCUGUUGAGUCGUUGGAGACGGUUAAAGUGGUGGGAGAGGAGGGUUUGGUGGUGCAGUGUAGUGUGUGUUUGGAUGAUUUUGAGAUUGGUGUGGAGGCGAAAGAGAUGCCUUGUAAGCAUAAGUUUCACAGCGAGUGUUUGCUGCCGUGGCUUGAGCUUCAUAGCUCGUGCCCUGUGUGUAGGUAUCUGCUUCCCGCGGGGGAUGAUGAUGGUGAGACGAAGACUGAUGCGGAGACGUCGAGUAAUGUUUCUAUGGAGAACAAUGGAACAUCGGUGGACUCGGGUUCGAACAACCCGUCGGUUAAUGAUUAAGGGGUUAGAAGGUGAGGGGGUCAGUCAGGUUUGGUGGAAGUGUUUGUGAUUAGUUUUACUGUUAUACAUGGUAAUGUUGAAUGUUAUCUGGCUGCUGCAGUACAUAGUUUUCUCUCAGGUUUUGUUGAAAGUGGAUUUGAAUUUCUAAGUCUUUUUUUGUUCGACUUUUAUUUUUUUCAAUUUCGUUCUGAUUGUUUCAAGUU